CCGCAGUGUAAACCACCCAUACAUACAUACACGCACAGUGCUCUUACCCGAACAUAAGGGCAACCAACACGCGCCACCCUCCCCUCUCUUUCUCUCUCUAACUCAAUCUUAUUAAUAGGACCCCUCUCCCUCUCCCUCUCUCUGCUUCACUCUAAAACUUCCACCACACCCGCCGCCGCCACCUUUACUGAUAGUGAUUCUAGAGAGAGUCUUUUCAUAUUGAUUUUAUAUAGACAGAGAGAGACUUUCUUCUUUCCUUCUUGUUUUCACUCUGUACCUCCAUCACCACCUUGGUUAAUAGUGAUUUUUAAAGCUAGAGAGAGAGAGAGAGAGAUAGAGAUAGGGUCCAUGCUGAUUUUUUAGGGGGUGAGCACCUUUGAUUUUAGAGAGAGAGAGAGAGUGGGCGUGUUUUGAUAGUUUUGGGAGAGAAAGCUGUUGAUGUGUGGAAAGAGAAUGGAGGGCUCAGAAGCCCAUGGCUCUAAAGCUUUCUCUGAUUUUAAUGGAGGAGGUUACAUUUUUCCAGAGAUGAAUCAGCAAAGGCCAAUGCCGCCGCCCUAUAUGACCACUGAAUUAGGCUCAUAUAACAACAACAGCGGAGGAGGGCUCGCGAUUCCAGGGAAUUCAGUUGUCGCGUGGCCUAUGCCUCCUCCUCCCCCUCCUCCUCCUCCUCCUCCUCCUGUGGUCCCGAGUUUCAACCCCACUGUGGACCCGGCGGUCCACUUUGCCGUGCAGGCGCGGGAGCACGAGAGGUUUUUGGCUUGUAUGGGAGGAGGGGGGUUGACUAAUAGGCCCUCCAUCUAUUCGGGUUUGGGCUCUUCUUCAUCUUCUUCUCCUUCGACGUUUCAAGGGUUUGGGAGGAGGGGGAUACAGUUCGGUUAUGAGAGAGAAAAUAACGUUAUUUACGGGGGGGUUUCAGAUGGGGUUGGGAUUGGGAUUGGGAUUGGAGGAGGCGGAGACGCCGGAAAAAUGAGCGCUCAGGAGAUUAUGGAUGCCAAGGCUUUGGCCGCUUCAAAGAGCCAUAGCGAGGCGGAGAGGCGAAGGAGAGAGAGGAUCAAUACCCAUCUUCAUACCCUCAGAAGCUUGCUUCCCAAUACCACUAAGACGGACAAAGCUUCUCUGCUGGCAGAGGUGAUCCAGCACGUGAAGGAGCUCAAACGCCAAACAGCAGAGAUAGCAGAAACGAUGCCAAUCCCCACCGAAACGGACGAGCUCACAGUCGACCCUGACGACUCCUACGGCGAAGGAAAGCUCGUCAUAAAAGCCUCCAUCUGUUGCGAAGAUAGGUCCGAUCUCUUCCCCGAUAUCAUCAAAGCCCUGAAAGCCUUGCGCCUCCGUACUCUAAAAGCCGAGAUCACCACGCUCGGCGGUCGCAUCAAGAACGUUUUGCUAGUUACUAAUGAAGAAGAAGGCGAAGGCAGAGAACAAGACUCAAACGCUCCUUCGAUCAACUCCAUACAAGACGCUCUCAAGGCUGUGAUGGAGAGGCCACUCUCUGAGGAGUCCUCUUCAACCAACAUAAAGAGACAGCGCACUAAUGCUGCCAUGCUUGAACACAGGUCCAUGUAAACAAAAAGGGAAGAGAGAGAAAGGACCUUUUUCCUCUCUCUCUCUCUCUCUACUACUCCACAUAUAGUUAGUUAGGAACUG